AUGCUGGCCAUUGGCCCCCCCAAGAUGCCUCUGCGCUCCGCCGACGGCUCGCAGCCCGACGCCUCCCUGCAGCACCUCUCCUGCGCCGCCUACCGCGCCCGCACCGCCGCCGACAUCGCCUACGCGGCCUACGGCGACCUCGUCAAGAUCGACAGCGCCCUGUGCAAGAAGCUGGCCUCCGAGGCCGCCCUGCGCGAGCCCGUCCAGCGCCGCGCCGACCAGAAGCUCAACAUUGAGCGCCGCAGCAACGUCGAGGCCCUGCUCGCCCACAUGACGGGCCAGCCGGCGCCCAACCCGUGCAAGAACUGCCGCAAGGGCCACGGCCCGUGGUCGCAGUGCAUCGUCUACGAGGGCCAGAUGUGCGGCAGCUGCACCAACUGCUGGUUCAACGCGAGCGGCUCCCGAUGCACGUUUCAUGAGAACAACCAUCCGAUGCCGCAGGCCUUGUUGACCAACUCCGCCGCCGCCGCCUCGGGGGCCAGCAUCCUCGCCUCGCUCUCUCAGGCGCCCCCUCCACCGCCGCCCAACCCUAGCCUCUCCGUCGACGUCCACCACUGGGGCCUGUCGGACUCGACCAAGCGGCUCAUCACCCAGACCAUCACCGACGUCGCCACCUUCUCCAAGAGGGAGCGUUUUCUGGCGCGCAUCGAGGCCGCUGCUAAGGAGCUCGGCAUGCGCAUUGCGGAAUACGAGGAGUACAUGAGGACUCCCGAGGGCGUCGCCGAGCAGAACGCCGCCAUUGACAGGGAGCGGGCCCAGACUGCCUAUGCUCAGGCUACCGAGAUUACCAUGGCGGAUGCUCCUUGGGAUGGGCGUCUGAAAUGA